AUGGCACACACAACAUCGUCAGGUCAAAACACACACCAAGGAUUCGCUGCCGUCAAUAGAGGAAUCAUGGAUCACUCUACGGCUCAGGCAGUUUUGACUGCCAGAAACGCCCACGUAACAUUGCCUAGCAAUCCAGAUAUGGGAAGUACAGCUCAAGGCAUUCAGUACCAUAAUGGGAGAAAUGGUUUCGCAACAGAAGGCCUGGAUCCCGCCGCAAUACCCAGAAAUGGAUUCACACCAGCGAGCCAGUAUACUUCAGCCUCGAAUAUUGCUUAUCAAGAUGCCACCACGUUUCCUGUGAUGGGCAAUGUAUAUCAAGCUCAUCGGGCUACACAUGCAGCUCAUACUCGGCCAGGACUCGCGGAGGUCAUGAACGUAGAACGGAUCGACCAGCAGCCAAGACCAAAUCAAGGAGGUGGAUGGCCAACCUACAACCAUCCUUCUGAACAUCGCCAAAGGUUUCCAAAUGACCCUUCAAUCCAUCAGGGUUUUAAUCAAUCUUCUAAUCACGGUAUUAAAUAUUCCCAAUCGACUGGUCAGCCUCCAAGGGAUCCAAAAUAUAUUGGGCCGUUUCAAUCUCAUUUGAGUUAUCAUAUGGCGUCAAAUGGAUACCAAUCAAAUGGUCAAAGACUGCAUAGCCCUGUACCACCUCCCGUCCCCGGACACUUCCAUCGACCAGAAGGAGUGGUGCCUAUGGAUCCUCGCAACGAGUAUGUCAGAAAAUCCGAGGAUUCUGCCUCUGGCAAUAUCAGCAACACCAUGUCUAAUACCGCCAUUAUACCAAAUCCUCAGGGCUCAAGCCAUAUACGUGAUACUUCCGAUACGAUAUUCGAGCAGCAAAGUGUGCAAAAUAUGCACGAAGAGGCGCAGGUCGAUGAGCCAAUGAAAGUUGCUCUUCCUGCUUCAAAUACAGCUCCAACUCAAGCAAAUAUCCCAAGUUCAGACCCAACAGCUCCAGUUAGACCACGCCAUAUCCUUUCCUCAACAGAGCAGGCGCAAAUAGAAGCAGCAGCACAUCAAGUUCUUUUGGCCAUCUCAGAAGCUCCCCAAGAACUGAACCCACCUGUAACGUCAGAUGGAUCGGCGAACCCGAAAAUCAAUUCGCCACUCUCAGCACUUGGAAAGGAAUAUGAUCCAAAAACGGACCCGCCGCAAAUCGUCCCCAAUGUUCCCGAGAAACGUUCAGCGGCUGCAACGGAUGGGGCGAAUCAGCUGUCGAACCAGGUGUCAGGGCCCUCUCCAUCAGGACAGCCAGCUGCUUCUAAGAAAAGACAUAGAGGCCGGCCAAACAAAGAAGAGCAGAGGAUCAGAGAUCUAGAAGAUCCUGAGCGAGCCAGGCUUCGGGAAGAGAAGAAGGCGGCAAGAAAAGCCGCAAGAAAUGCCCAAAAGCAAGCUGCCAAGGAAAUCAAAGAAAGACAGAGUACAGAUCCGCCCACAUCAGGCUCCUCAAUCAUUAAGCCAUCUAACAGCGAUAAUGAAACAACUGAGCAAUCAGCAGCCAACAAACCCGAGGAUAUUGUAGAGGAAGUGGACCUUUAUUCCGCCGAUGGAGAGUCACAGAAAUCCGAUUCUAGAAGCACGCAAACUCUUCCGUCUGCAACUAGAAAGCGCGCUGCCACCACCAUUUUGAAUAUAUCGAGGAAGCAGCAAAGGACUGCAGAGGGACAGAUCAUUUCCAGGACAGAACACAGCCGAGCUCAAAGCGAAGGCGCCAUCUCCAUCAACUCAAGUGUCGAGAGCCAGGAUAAACACAGAAAUCCAGGCAGAGAGUCCCAUACUCCGUUGAGCCGGCCUGGAGUUUCUUCCAGCCAGGGCUCUUCCAGUGAUCAAGGAGGUGGGUCUCGUCAGCGCAGCUCCAGCACCAACACAAUCGUGGUUGAUCAAUCUCAAAUUGCUUUUCGCGGAUCAAUUGGAAACCCUAUUGAUGUCGAGAACCUGGAAGAAAACGCCGCUCCUGUUUUCGGCAACAAUAUACUACUGCAAUCUCCUCUCGUAGUGAUCCCACCUCCCGCGGAGCUAGCACGCAAACGAAUGCGCGCUUACUUCGGCCGAGAAUACUGCCAGCAACAUGAGAUCAGAGAACUCAAACGUUCCAGAAUUUAUCACAGUUCAACUCCAGUUCAGCAGGUUCCGGAGAAUAUCAAUUAUGUCCUGACAUGUUCAGCACCAGGUAGAGUGAAUCCAGGACUGCCCCGCCAGGAAGGCCAAAAGGCUUUACGUGUUAUGCCAAACGAGUUCGGUUCUAUCAGCAAUGCGCAAUUCAUCGUAAUCAUUGACUUUAUUCACGAGGCCCUGGGUCGGAAGAAGAAGCUUUUCGUUGCUGGUACCUCCGAUAACGAUUUUGAGUCUAAAGUCAUCGACGGUCUUGCUGUCAUGGCAUGCGUCUUGGCGUCCAAGAAAGAAACAUACGGGGAAACAAAAACCACUGUAACGCUGAAUUAUUUGCAAAAGAUUCUCCCUGAAUGGAGACCGAAUCCUUUUAUAGAGUUUUUGGACGACCUAGAUUUUUGGUUCCAAUGGGGACGUGGUUACAAUCGUUGGAACAAAGCCACGAAUCAAUGGAGAGAAUUCGUGGAUGAAAUUGGGGCUACCAACAAGAGAAGAAACGCUGGGCCUGAUAUGGAGUACAUCGAGGUAAAUGAUUUCCAGGAUAUCUUGAACGUUAUACCUCUUGAGUCGACCGCCAAAGAGCUCAAGCUACCCGUGCCUUUCAAUCAAAGGACAUUGGCAAAACAAGUCCUGGACUGGUGGGAAGCACAGACUUCAGACAAGGUCCCAUUCAACUUUUCAAGAACGAAACUAAAGAUGCUCGCGGGUCCAGAGAUAAUAGAGCAAGAAGAGGAGUGGUCGCCAAUGAAUCGGGGCAGUAAUGAAGACGAGGGAUACCAUGGAGCUGAAUGGAACCGCGAGACGUUGGACUGGUUCAACGAAUAUGUGGAUAAUGAUGAUACGAGAUGA